GUCACACGGGGCGCCCGCUCCUCCGCUGCUCGGUUUGUUUUCCGGGUGAUGCUGCUCUUCUCUUCAAAGCAGAGGAAAGUCGGGGGCUCAUGUGUCAACAUCCAGGGUUUCCCCGGGGAGGUGUAACGUUAACGUUAUUCCAAAAAAAAAAAAAAGAAAAAAAAAAAACCCUGAUGUUCCUUUGAAGAGCGUUUUUCGUAUUUCCUCGACUCGCCUCUUCGAUCCGCGGAGGAAGAGGAUUUCUCUCGCUGCAAACACCACAACACGAUCUUCGGCUCCUGCUGCUUUGACGCUAGCUAACGUUAUUUUAAACGAUGACAGAGUACAAAGUGCGAACAGCGUCUCCGAUCAUUUAAUAAUAUCUGGGGACCUGUUAGCUUAGCCGGCUAGCCUGGUGAUUCGAUUAAGAACAAGGAAACACGGCGACAACACACUGCUGACAUGAUGUUUCCUCAAUCAAGGCACUCGGCGUCCUCUCAGUCCGGUCAAGCUCUUAAGUUCACCACUUCUGACUCCUGUGACCGCAUCAAGGAUGAGUUCCAGUUCCUCCAAGCACAGUACCACAGUUUGAAGCUGGAGUGUGAUAAACUGGCCUCUGAAAAGUCAGAGAUGCAGCGUCACUAUAUCAUGUACUAUGAAAUGUCCUACGGGCUGAACAUUGAAAUGCACAAACAGGCUGAAAUAGUGAAGAGACUGAAUGGGAUCUGUGCUCAGGUGCUGCCUUACCUGUCACAAGAGCAUCAACAGCAAGUCAUGGGCGCCAUAGAGAGAGCCAAGCAAGUCACGCCCCCUGAGAUGAACUCCAUCAUACGGCGUCCGUACCAUAUGUGUCUUCAGCAACAGCUCCAGGUGCAACACCUGUCCCAGCUCCAGGGCCUGGCCCUGCCGGUGACCCCGCUGCCCCUGGGCCUCACCCCUCCGACCCUGCCCGCUGUCUCCACCAGCUCCGGCCUGCUCUCCCUGUCCUCCAUCCUGGCCAACUACUCCCACGGCCAGGCCCAGGCAGUGAAGGAGGACAAGGCCCGGGAGGCCGCAGAGAGGGCGCCCCGAGGAGACGACGGGGACAAGUCAGACUAGUGCAGACGCAACAAGAAGGUUCGGAGGGGGGCGGGGGGGGCGUUGUGAAGUGUCGAGAAGGAGAAAGGUAAAACUGUAACUGUAAAUGGAGAUUGAUGUAAGUCUGGCUGCCUGUCUGCUGAGUGUUGAUGUAGAAGAGUAACUGCAGGGAUGAUGACAAGCAGAGAGGACAGAGUUGAAACUUUUGGAUGUGCAGAGAACGAAACUGCUGAAUGGCUGAGAGUGAGAGUUAAAUGUUCUUAUUAUUUAGUGGUAAUAGACUCAGUUCAGGCUUCUAGACUUUAAAUAGAUGCUUUUUUUAGUGUAAGCCACUGUUGUUAGGCUUAACCAAGAUAAAUGUUUUCCCAUUUGGAGUGAGAGCUGAGGAUGAAAAGCUAACAGCAGUGUCCCUUACAUGGAUCUGCCUCUCACAGGUUUAUAAUUCUUACAUUUUUUUUUUUGAAUCAGAUCAGUUUUUACUGUUUUUUUGUUCAUGUCCUCCUUAGUCCCUCCGAUUGUUUCUUACAGGCUUUAACAACUUAUCAGUUCCCUCGAACUCCUUUCCUUCUGCCCAUAACUUACAAUAGCUCCAUCACCUUUUUCCAAAAUGGGAGAUGUUGACUAGACAGUGAUGGCAUUCAUUUAUGUACUUGGAGCCAAAUCAAAUCUUCGGCUGAUGUUAAAUGGGAUGUUUUUAAAGGGACAUUUCACUUGUCAGGUGCAUUUAAACCCUUCAAACAUAAACCAUGCGACUUUUCACCGUUUUCUUUCCUUCAUACAACCAACCACUGGACGCGUUACCUUAGCUGUGUACCUCAGUCCCGAAUAAAUGGGAUUAUAUUACAUUUAAAAACCUAUAGUUUGUACAAAUGGUAGAAUACCCAUCUUGGGGGGGGUUAAUUUGUGUCUCAUAGGCCUAGCUGCUGCUGCUGCUACGCGCGCGCUACAUGGCAUGGACCAUGACUCGUCUUUCAAUGACAAGAAUUUAAGCUCUGAAAAAAAUUGACUUUAUUUUGACAUGUUGUUUUCGUGAAGUUAAAGACAGGCUAAUUAGAAAUUCAAAAUGUGUCUGUGUGUGCUCGAGUGAAUGUGGUCGGGGAGAAGAAAACACUUGUUUAAUUUAACUUUAUUUUUUUUCUUAAAGCACCUUUUUGUAUUUUCCUCACCCGCCCUGCUCCUGCCCCUUUCUCGUACUGGUCCGCUCUUUAACUGAACAAGACAAACUCAAACAGGAUCUAAUCUUCAGAACCAGACAGUUGCAAAAGACAUACAUGUACUGUAUUUCUGUAAGUUAGCACACUUCAGUAUAUACUGAGACUGUAUCAAGCACCUGUCUUUCCCUGUCUUGUUUAACUUAUGUGUGAUUGUUAGGGGAAAGGCUUCCCCCUUUUUUAAUUUUCACAUUGUUUUGAUGAAGAAUGUGUCCUGGGUGAGUUGCUAAAGCUCUGUAAGCAACAUCAAACAAGCGUUCCCUCAGAAAACAAUAUGUUUAAACAUGACUCUCUCAGAAUUUGUGCUGGUGGCCAAAUUAACUGUUAACUGUUGCAAAAAAACCUCACUUUUCAAAAACAAAACGACCCACUUUAAUUAUUUGGAGCAAACGAGUGUGAACAUCUUCCAGCAGUGACUGUCUGAAAAGUGUGCACAGUAAUCCCCAUAUUUGAAUGAUUUUUGCCAUAGCUCAGCAAGUAAACCCCAUCCUCCACUCUCUAUGACGGUCAGCUCUUCGCCCAUUUAAAAUACGACCGUUUGAAACCGCUAUAAACACUUUUGCCGCGUGACAUGGUCGGAUGACGCAUCGUACAAAUUAGUUCUUUUCAUAACCCGGCUCUUAGACUAAGCAGGUUUUGAGUAUGAGGUGUGUUCAUACUAGCAAAGUGAUCAUGUAAAGUAUGCUCAAGAACAGUCUGAAAAGCCCUUCAUUUUUUGAGUAUGCUGUUGGCUGAUUCUAUUGUCCCACAAUGCAAUGCACAAAGGAAAUUGAGAAGCUGCUGUUGAUUUCUUUUAUACUACCUGCAACAACAAUAUACUAUACUGGUUGGUUUACUGUUCAUAUUGUAAGUGGUUAGUAUGGAAUUGGGACACAGCUGAGGCGUGUGGUUGAGAAAUAGGAACGUUCAUAUUUGAGGCAGCAGAGGGCAGCAGUGCUCACUCAGGUCCAGGUCAGUGUGCUGUGUUCACCUUAUUGGGACCACCAUUCUCUUCUCGCUUCAUUUCCCGACUGCGGGCCGAGCAUCUGCACCCUGCUGGUGUUCACAGUAAUUCCCCUGCAAUGUGAGUGCUUCCCCAGAGCUUUGACAACCCACCUUAAACGUCUGAGCAUGUCCGAGAUCGGAGCUUAAACCUUUUUUUCCUCUGUAUUUUAAUUUGAAAAGCACUUAAGUUGCGGCUCAGUGCUUUUUCUUUCUAUUUUUUUUCUUUCUUUCUUC